AUGUUAGACAGGGCGCCACAACCGGCCACGAUUAGGCGCCGUCAUCGAGAGAUCUCUCUACAGCCACGAAGCCCGCGUUCGCCCACUCCUCCUCAAGACUACAAGAACUUCCAGAGGUAUCAUUUCGUGUUUAAAAUCGCUGGAACGUUGGGAAAGAGAUGGAUUCAUCUGCUUGUCUAUGGAUGUACACGAGCCGAAGCGCUGACUUGUUUCGUCAAGAUGAAGGACGUUGUCAAGACCGAAGAGCUCAGCAUUCCUGAGGGGGUUGAUGUCUCCAUCAAGGCUCGCCUCAUCACCGUCAAAGGUCCUCGAGGGACACUGACAAAGAACGUCCGACAUAUCGACAUGGAUAUCCGGUUGCUCAAGGGCAAAGAGAACAAAGUUAGCUUAGUAGUGUGGCAAGGUGGCAGAAAACACGUAGCCUGUCUCCGCACCAUCAAGAGUCUCAUUGUGAAUAUGAUCACCGGUGUUACGAAGGGCUUCCAAUACAAAAUGCGCGCUGUAUACGCCCACUUCCCAAUAAACUGUAUCAUCCAAGAGAGUGGCAGCGCAUUGGAGAUCCGUAACUUCUUGGGAGAGAAGAUUGUGCGACACGUCAACAUGUUGGACGGUGUCACAGUCUCGGAAUCUAAGGCACAAAAAGAUGAGCUGAUCCUUGAGGGUAACGAUGUGCAAAAUGUUUCACAGUCAGCCGCCUCCAUCCAGGGUGUGUGUCGCGUACGGAACAAGGAUAUCCGGAAAUUCCUUGAUGGUAUUUAUGUGUCAGACAAGGGUACUGUCAUACAAGAGUGA